AGAAGGAAUUGGUAAUUUAAUUUAACUUUUUUUUUAUUUGUUUAUUUAUGCUUUCGAAUUUUUUGUUGACGAACACUAGAAGAAGUAUAUUUUUAUUCACAUUAUUUAUUAUGUUUCAGGGCCCUUUUUUAAUGGCGGUGGAAAUCGUAGGAACAAUCUUCAAUGCAUUGAGUUGCAUUUGUGGUAUUCCAACCUGCAACUGUAUAGAUCAACAUAGAAAUUUUAAUGAUGAUGUGGAUGAGCUGAGAAGAAAAUUGGACAGUCUAACUAGCCAGAAACAAGAUAUAGAAUCAAGAAUACAAGAAGCAGAGGCUCGCAGGGGACAAAUGGUUAGACAACAAGUGCAAGAAUGGCUUAAGCAAGCAGAAGAGAUCAAUGUUAAAGUGCGGGCAUUUUUGGAAAAGAUGCAGGGAGUCAAGUGGUACAAGCGUGCUUGUCUUGACAGACUUGUUUGUGGAAAAAUUAAUAUGGUGAAGGAAAUGCUUGAUAAAGGUAGUUUUCCUGAAGGCCUUGUUAUUGAGAGGGCUCCAGCUCAUGGAAACAUAAUUCCAACAGAGAAUUUAGUGGGGGAAAUUUCUACUAAAGAAGAAAUUUGGAGGUACUUGAUGGGUGAUGAGGUUGGAAUGAUCGGAGUUUGUGGGAUUGGUGGAGUUGGAAAGACUACGAUCAUGAAGAAUCUCCAUAAUGAUUUACAAAGGGAGACUAGAUUUGAGAAAGUGAUAUGGGUUACUAUAUCACAUCCUCUCAAUGUUUUUGAAUUACAAAAGAAGAUGGCUGAUGCUAUGGGCCAAAGACUUCGAGACGAUGAAGAGGUGAUGAUGCGAGCAGCAGCACUAACGGAAAUAAUGAGAAGAGUGAGGUAUGUGGUAAUAUUAGAUGAUGUAUGGCAAAAGUUCUCUCUUAAGGAAGUUGGAAUUCCGGAUCCAAAUGUGCAGAAUGGGUGCAAAGUAGUUGUCACUAGUAGAUCAAGUGAAGUAUGCAAUUAUUUGCGUUGUAAGAUUGUUAAAGUGAACCUCUUUCACAAGAGGAGUCUCUAAAGUUGUUCCUCAAUACGGUUGGGGAUGGUGUUUUACAAGUUCCAGGGUUGGAAGAUAUCUUAAAGCUUAUUGUGGAAGAGUGUGCUGGCUUACCAUUGGCCAUUGUUGUGAUAGCUGGGAGCAUGAGGGGAAUUGAUGAUGUUAAUGUGUGGAGAAAUGCACUGAAUGAAUUACAAGAUCAUGUAAGUAGUGUGAGAGAUUCAAAUGAUGAGAUAUUUAAGCGGUUAAGAUUUAGUUUUGAUCGAUUGGACAAUUUGCAAGUCAAGAAUUGUUUUCUUUAUUGCUCCUUCUUUUGAGAGGAUUAUGUGUUUUCUAGAAGGGACUUGAUAGAAUGUUGGAUUGAUGAAGGACUAAUUGAUGGGUUGCCA